AAUGUGACACGUCACAUGUAAAGUUACACCGAACAGGUUGGUACCUGUGUGCUUUCAGUAUCCGCAUAGGCUCGGUGUUAUCAGCAUUAGGUACUAGUUGCUCCACCAGUUUACUGUAAAGUUCAUAUUUCAUUGUCAUUUAACCAUAUUUGGUUUGUACAGCUUCAUUAUGGCUAAAUUUCAGACCAUUUUUGUUACGGGAGGAGCUGGUUAUAUCGGCAGUCACUGUGUCGUUGAGUUGUUGGAAGCUGGCUAUGAUGUCAUUGCUUGCGACAACUUCGCAAACUCUGUCAAUGGAGAGAAGGGCACUGCCCCCAGCCUUGAACGAGUUGAGAAAAUAACAGGGAAAAAAGUCACAUUUUAUCAGUGUGACUUGCUUGAUUACGAAAGACUUGACAAAAUUUUCAGUCAGCAUAAAAUUGAUUGUGUUAUUCACUUUGCUGCCAUGAAAGCUGUUGGGGAAUCGAUGGAAGUUCCUCUUCUCUACUACAAAAAUAAUGUGGUUGGAACAAUUAACCUUCUAGAGGUUAUGAAAGCCCAUGAAUGUUACCAGCUAGUAUUUUCCAGCUCCUGUACAGUCUACGGCAACCCUGAACGCCUACCCAUCACUGAAGACAGUCCAAUUGGCAAUGUAACGAAUGUUUAUGGUCGAACCAAAUACCUUAUCGAGGAGAUGUUGAUGGAUCUCAGUCGCUCGGAUGAAUAAUGGAAUAUUUGUUCCCUUCGAUAUUUCAAUCCUGUUGGUGCUCAUCCUUCCGGCCUAAUCGGUGAGGAUCCCACCAAGCCUUAUUCCAACUUGAUGCCUUACAUUGCUCAAGUAGCUCUGGGAAACAAACCGUCCGUAAUUAUUUUUGGCAACGACUAUAACACUCCGGAUGGAACAGGUGUUCGAGACUACAUCCACGUCAUGGAUUUGGCAUCUGGCCACGUGGCAGCUUUGGCCAAAGUUGAAAAGGAUAAACUUCGCUAUCGGACGUUCAAUUUGGGCUCUGGCGUGGGCGUUUCGGUCAUCCAACUAGUCGAGACUUUCGGUAAGGUGACAGGGACGACGGUGACCUACGAACUGAAACCUAGACGCGAAGGAGACAUCUCCGCCAUGUACUCGAACGGAGAGCGUGCAAAGACAGAGCUCGGAUGGACUCCCCGUUUCACUCUCGAACAGAUGUGCGAAGAUUUCUGGCGCUGGCAAACAAUGAAUCCGCUGGGGUAUCGCACUGAAAGCGGCACUGUAAAACCGAAAGAUUCGGCUGUCGUUUCGAACGGAACGGCGACUGAAACCUCCAUUACAAAUGGCAAUCACUGAGAAACAAUUGACCAAAUUCUAGUGAAAAUGCUGUCUUCCUUAUGGUACAAUUCCAAGGUUUAAAGAGUUCCCGGGAUCUUUAUUUGAUUGGGUUUGUUAAGCACAAUGGUGGCGUUUGUUAUAGUUUUUCCACUUUUUUCUUGUUUGUAGAUCAUCCACCUAGCGGAUUUUUUUGUUACACCUUUUUUUUUUCCUUUUUUUUUUUCCAAGUCAGCUUGUAUAUUAUUUAUCAUUCAAAGCUGGCUUUAUUUUCUAAAAUAAUUUUUUACAAACUAUUUUAUUGUUCAAUCAAGCUUGUUCGGCAAUUCUAUAGAAAAUAAAAAUCGAUGCCUUCUUGUCAA